GCCCUCGCUCUGGCCAGAGAGGGCACGGAAAGUUCCCUGUUUGAGAGCCGCCAGGCGAGCUACGGAGUGUGCAAGGGUGAGGGGGCGACUGGCUGCUGGGAAGGCCGGCUUGCACCAGCCGCGUGCGCGCGGCGGAGAGCGGUAGGGCCGGGGCGGCUGCACACUUUGGCCUCCUCCUGAUUCCGAAAGGCGCUUGGGUACGGUCUCAUACCGUCUGCUGUUGUUUCGGAGCUGUUUCUCCCCCCAGCCUUGAGCAGGGGUUCGUUUGCGACCCUAUCUCUGUCCUGCACCGAGGUAGGCGAGCAGGUAGGACUGCAGUCCACAACACUGGGCUCGGGAUCCCGCUUGGGAAGAGCCCAUAUUGUAUGACUUCAUUCACAGGCGUCCUGAAUCGGCGACUCUACAGAGACAUAAGCCUCUCAUUCAGCAAGUGAGAAAUUAGUGGUAAACCCAGAAAAUUACCACUGACAACAGAGGUUCAGAGGCAGUUUCGAGAGAGCGGGUGAGCGCACGAGUGAAUUCGAGAUCUCAGAAGGAUAGCCAUUCUGCCACAUCGCUUAAUCGUGUGUGUUCUGCGGAGGCAGUGACACCGAACCUGGCUUGGCCUGUUGCAAGAGAAGUGAGCAGAAGAGCCGUUACAUAACUCGUUUCUGCGUUAGAGAACCCAGUGUGUGCUCACUGGAGUCUAAAACAGAAAUAACUUCAUACAGCUUGCAUGGUGACAGAAUUCUUCCUGUCAGACGAGUAGCAAACUCUGAGUCUCUGGAGGAACGCAGAGAGGAAAUUUCCCACAACUCUGACUCCUGGGAAGCUCGAGGCAGGCACAUGUGAGGCCCAGGAUCCAGAGCGCUGGUGGGGGUGUGGUUGGAGGAGAGCCCUUGGUGUCAGGUAGAACGUCAUGACAUGAAUACCUUAAGCCUGCCCCCGAACAUUCGCCGAGGGGGGUCAGACACCAACCUCAACUUUGACGUACCAGAUGGCAUCCUGGACUUCCACAAGGUCAAACUCAGUGCAGACAGCCUGAAACAGAAAAUCCUGAAGGUGACAGAGCAGAUAAAAAUUGAGCAGACGUCCCGCGAUGGGAAUGUUGCGGAGUAUCUGAAACUGGUCAGCAGUGCGGAUAAGCAGCAGGCCGGCCGCAUCAAACAGGUCUUCGAGAAGAAGAAUCAGAAGUCCGCUCACUCCAUCGCCCAGCUCCAGAAGAAGUUAGAGCAGUAUCACAGAAAGCUCAGGGAGCUCGAACAGAACGGAGCCUCCAGAAGCUCCAAGGACAUUUGCAAAGACAACCUCCACUCUCUGAGAGAUGCCUCCGCGAAGUCUCGAACUGCUCCCCAUGGCCCGGAGUGCGGGAAGUCAGGCAUGCCAGGCGUGUCCCUCACUCCGCCCGUGUUUGUCUUCAGCAAGUCCAGAGAGUUCGCCAACCUGAUCCGGAAUAAGUUCGGCAGCGCCGACAACAUCGCGCACUUGAAAAAUUCCUUAGAGGAGUUUCGGCCCGAGGGGAGUCCCCGGGCCUACGGGGGCAGCGCCACCAUCGUGAACAAACCCAAGUACGGCAGCGACGACGAGUGUUCAAGCGGCACGUCGGGCUCCGCCGACAGUAACGGGAACCAGUCCUUCGGGGCCAGCGGAGCCGGCGCGCUGGACAGCCAGGGCAAGCUGACCGUGAUCCUGGAGGAACUGAGGGAGAUCAAGGACACGCAGGCUCAGCUGGCUGAGGACAUCGAAGCGCUCAAAGUGCAGUUCAAGAGAGAAUACGGUUUUAUUUCUCAGACACUGCAAGAGGAAAGAUACAGGUACGAGCACCUGGAAGACCAGCUGCAUGACCUGACAGACCUGCACCAGCAUGAGACCGCCGGCCUGAAGCAGGGGCUGGCCAGCAUCGAGGAGAAGGUGGCCUACCAGGCCUAUGAGCGCUCCCGGGACAUCCAGGAAGCCCUGGAGUCCUGCCAGACGCGCAUCUCUAAGCUGGAGCUGCACCAGCAAGAGCAGCAGGCUCUGCAGACAGAUGCCGUGAACGCCAAGGUCAUCCUGGGGAAGUGCAUCAACGUGAUCCUGGCCUUCAUGACAGUUGUGCUCGUGUGCGUGUCUACCAUCGCCAGGUUUGUCUCGCCCAUGAUGAAGAGCCGCCUCCACAUCCUUGGCACCUUCUUCGCUGUGACGCUUCUUGCAAUAUUCUGUAAAAACUGGGACCAUAUCGUGUGUGCCAUAGAAAGGAUCAUAAUACCCAGAUGAAGCCACCGGCUCUUGUCUUCACGUUCUUUCAUGUUUCUGUGUUAAAGACAACUCUGUGCAUACUACCAAAUUUUAAAGCGAACACUUGUGCUGACUCGAGCCGACCAGGCCUGGGCUGUGCAUUGUAAACAUCUCCGUCCCCUCACGCCGUGGUAGCUGCCAGGUCCGCUCCUGUUCUCGGUGAGUGUGGACCUGUGGCAGAGCUCGCCCCACGUUGCUCACUGCCUUAAUCAGACCAGAUUUCCUGCCCUCCUGACUAGCCCAGCAUGGUAAACCUCUGGUCAUCGAGCGUUUGGCGUAAUUAAUGACCCGCACGAAACGGGGUGUUAAGUCUCUGUCUCCCUUAAGUUUCCAUCAAAAUUGAGCUUCACAGUUGCUGGUGGUGGCAUUUUGCCUGAGUCCCGUAAGCAGCAAGGAUGUGGCAGGACUUGGGCAAGGGACGAAAUGCAGGCGUUGGCCACAGUGGGCAUUUGCGGCCUAUGGAAGUACAGUAAAUCCUGCGUAACCCGUUCCGCUGGUCCACAGAGGACACUAGGUCCCAUGUGUUCCCCUUGUCCACAGUGGUCCCUUGUGUGGGACUCGCCAUAACGUGGAAAUUUGAUAGCACACCUGUGUAUCCAUAGAAGUCCAACUUAGAUGUUCUCUUGCACUUUAAAUGGUCACACAGGAAGAUCUAUGAGCGAGGCUUUGGCCUUCUUACACCCAGGGAGCCGCAUGCCCGAUUCUAUCUUAAGUGGCUCCUGAAUGCCUCGCUUUCAAGCACGCAGAAAUGCUUCCAAAUCCCACGUCAAAAUGUGGCUCGAACAUGAGUGUAGGCUCCCGUAAGCACCACUCUGGAGGUUUGCUUUGCAGCAAAUCUUAAUUGUGAUAAACCCCCUGUGAGGAUGUGAUUCACUUUAUUCACCGGUCUUGGGAGGGAUUGUAAAGCUUACCGCACAUGUGAAAACAAGUGAUGCUCAUGUUGUGGGUUUUUGUUUUUUUUUUUUCUUUAAGAAGGACAGCAGAAUUGUACUCUGUGAGGUGAAAGUCCACUGAGGUAGGGGCCCUGGAAGCAGGAGGAAGGCAGGGCGUGUGAUCUAAGGGGGUGGCAGUCGGAUGAAGACUGAGGGGGUCCUUGGAGAACCCCGUAAGACCAGCCACAAUCUGAUGAAUUAGACCUGGUGUCUGGUUGUCAUUGUCUCUUAGGAUCUCACUGAAGUGCCACAGGAACGGCGAGGCCACGCUUCUUCCCCUGAGGUGAAAGCCUUCAAAGGUUAACAGCUUCUGCCUGUUAGGGCGAUGCUGCUCACUACUUUCAGCCCAGAUGAUAUUUCCCUUUAAAUCUUUUUCUCUCAGAUGAUACUUCCCUUUAAAUCUUUUUCUCUCUGUACCUAAUGAAGAUGAAGCUAGAAGAUUUUAAUGGAAACUGCUGUUCGGUCCUUCCUCCCACCAUCCGCUCUGUUAUCUGAAGGCGUAAAGAUGUAUGUUAGUGUACAUUUUCUUCCAGAAAACAUCGAAUUGCCUGGAUUUAAAUUAAGUGCAAUAUUUUGCGAACAGCUGCUCUUAGGGAAACCUCCUGAAAAACAUGUGACAGUGUACCAUGGUUUGAGAGAAUGGAAUAGUCAAGCAUUUGGUACAAGUCCAGUGUGAGUGAGACUCAGACAACUCAAGCUUUCUUCUUCUUUUUUUAACUUUACAGUUCAGUGUUCUUAGUAAAUUCACAAACUUAUGCAACUAUGCCCACUAUCUUAAUUCCAGACUCGAGCUUUUUAAAAUGGUAAGCAUCAUUACAUGACAUCUUUGCCUGUACGGAUUUCGGAUUUAGGGACGAAGGAGCUUACCAGCCCCACCCCCGUCUCGUGGCUGUGUCCCCUUCCGCUGUCAGACUCUCCCUUGUUCUGCCAAGUUGGCUGUAAAUACGCUGUGAUCCAUCACAUCCAGGGGACAGAAAAGAGUUCCAGAUCCAGGGAAGAGAAAGAGAAAGAAUGGUGUGCUUCCUUUUGCUUCUAUAUUUUAAUGGCCAGCAUUCCCCUUUACCUGUGGGCAUCAGGCUCCAUUUGGCCGAGGGCAGGAUGUAACUUCCCUUGGGUCAAGCUGGAUCCUGGUGGGUGCCUCUCGAUGUCUGUGAAUCUUUCCAAGGCACUUUGGAGAUGCCAGGGGUUGUGGUGGACGUAGCUGCUGCUGUUAAUUUAGAGAGAGUGAGUGAGAUGUCUAACCCACAGGCCACCAUGCUCCACUCAGCCUUGGCUUUGACGCUUCCCAGGCCUGCUCCCCACUGAGAGAAGGAGGGAAGAAAAUGGAAAACAGCACCCGCCACCCCCUUCAGUCUGGAGCUGUUAACAGAAGCUGCUAGAAACUGGCUCUGUUCUGAAAUAUUCCAGGGGCUAAAUCAUCCCACCUGAUCAUGAUUUCUUUGCACAGAAUUUGUAUUUCCAGUGAUUCUUGUUAGAUGUCAAAUAACCUUAUUUUCACUUGGAUGUGCUCAACCUACAUGGCAUAUUUAUUUUAGAGUCUUGUUGAAAGUUCAUGAAGCUUUUUAAUAAGCUGAUAUACUCCAAGGAGACCUUUACUCUCUGCAGUUUACUGUUCUCUUCUUAAGGAAUAAACACUCCCAUUAUGUGUUUUCUUUCCUGUGUAAGGGGAUUAAAUACAAUUUUAUAACUUAUUCAAUUAAAAAAUUGUGAUCCAGCUAGGACGUAUCCUGGAAUUGUUUAUUUAUAUUUAAGUCAACGAAUCCUUUUUCCCCACCUUUCAUUGGUAGGAAACAUCUUGUACGUACCUGAAAACAAAAUCAGUUGUGAGAUGGGCAGGCACCUGCUCACUUAGCGAACUGGAUGUUGCAUUCUAGCACAGGAUUUUUUUGUGACAUGCUAUUUUCAUGAUCACCAAGAUAAUGAUAGUUUGCUGGGGACAAAACAAAAACCCAAAAAUACUCUUCUGUGGGCUUUAAGUUGGUUAUUGCAGCUUACGUUUUGAGUAUGAUGAAGCCAGAAUAAAACAUCCUACCCAUCCCCCACCAAAUUCAAACUGCAAUGAAGCAGUAAGUCAAAGUCCUCCAUUGCUGGUUUUGUAUGGAGAGUAGGAUCAGUCCCAAGUUUCUAGCAUGUACCAUUAGUGGUUUUGCUUCUGUGAUCACAAUGAACUAUUGAUAGACUGAGAUUUUCAGAAACUCCCCGCCCCUUCUCCCAUAAUGCAGUUAGUUAUUCCUUUCUGUCAAUUAGCAUCCAUGGGACCUCAGCCCUUCUGCUUUGUCACUCUUGUUUUCAUUGAAAUAUUGCCCUGCUAGGUAUGUUGAUUGCCUUGCUAUUUCUUCAGCAUAUCAGGUUUAAUUAUGGGAUCGAUAACAGUGACGGGAAUUGGAUUCCCUCAGGCACCUAAUUAUCUGUGUCCUUUUGGGUUGGAUUUUAAAUACCGAAAUGUUUUGCAUCAAAGAGGAACAUGUUUGUGUUGAAUCUAAGUAUAGUUGUUAUCAGUUUGGAAAAGCAUUUCAAGAUGCUUAUUAAUAUGAACAUGUGUAAUUAAACAACCUAUUUUGCGUAUUUCUAUAAUUUUGAGGAGUGAGCCAGGGAAGAGCAAAUGGCAUUAUUUAAAAUUCAGAGCUUUAUCUGGAGAGAGGUGUUUCCAAAAAAAAGUUUAGCCCAUGUGCUAAGGAAGGAGUUGGUCUAAAGAGAUAAAUCACCGAAAAGAAUGAUAUUGGCCUAUUUACAUCAAAAGUAGUUAAGAAACUAAAAGGUACAGUUAACACGAGUUUGGUAACCCAGAAGACACAAAGCAGAUCUAACCUAUACUUUUCUAAAGUCAGUGCAAUUCUCUGUUUAUAAGAAGCUGGAAAGUAAUGUACCUUGAUUGUUUUAGGAAUAAUUUAUAUGUUGCAAUUUUAAUUUAUUUAAAAUGUGUCUCCUGUCUUUGUCCUAAGAGAAAUAUUUCAACAGAACGUGCUCUGUGUUUAAGAUAUGUUUAGGCAGUAGUUAACAGUUCUGAAAUGGAAACUAGAAAUGUUCAUUGUGAGGUCUUUUGCAGAAUUUCCAUUUUGUGAGAUACUAUGUAGUUCCACGUCAGCCUACAAUUGUAAAUUCUCUGUAGAUUGUCACCCUCUUCAAAGCUGGUGCCAUUAUUUUUUUAAAUAAACAUUUGAUGUUAGCUUUGAUGUUAAAUAAAGAGUUAGAUUUC